AUGGUUAAUUUUAAAAUUUUAACGCAUAAUAGCAAAGAUGCAAGGUACAGACUGGGUGUCCUUGAGAUUCCCAAAUGUUUUCUUUCAAAGUAUGAUAGUACAAUAAGACAUUCUGAUAUUAAGACGACUUCUGGAGCCACGGACGUGAUUGAGAACCUCCAGGAAACGGGAGUUAAAGCGAAGUCGAGCUCUAGUAACCUAGGAAAUAUUGGAUUAGCCAGUAUUGCGACCCCAACAUUUAGUGUUCCAACCUUUGGGGGUCUGCCUCAUUGUAUUUUACCCAAGAUAGAGUCAAAUCAAGGCGAAAAUUACGAGAUAGCAUCCUUAAUGCCUGAAAUCGAUUAUCUUCUAAUAGGACACGGCUUAGAUUUGGAAAGAGUUAGGAGGAGAGGACUAGUGUCUAUAGAAAAGGAGAAAGACGAGAAAAGAGAUGAUAAUCAUUCUGGAAAUUGCACGUGUUUUAAACAAAGUAGCAAUGCCAGCAAGUUUGACAUUCUGGAGCAGCCCCCACCUCAACUGGCAAACAAGGACUAUAUUAGGUAUCUAAUGUUCCGCCAGCCGCUGGUUCCUGGUGUUACAUGCUGGAAUGGGUCGGAUGGGGUUCUGGUUCACACUGAAAGUGGGAGGAUUACUGUCUGCAUUGACGAUGUGAUUGCAUCCAUAGAACAUUUUCAGCCAGCAUUCUUUAUUUCCCCUGCAGAAGAAGCUCAGACGGGCCAAUGUGGCAAGAAUGUUUCGUUCAGAUCUAUUCAGCGAGCUGACGAGAUGCUUCUAGCUUUACUUGAGAAACUAAAGAGAGGGACUUCAGACUGUCCAAAGGAGGUAACAGAGGUAUGGGAUGGAGGAAUUUCCUGCACCGGUAGUACUGGGAAGCCAAGGACCAAAGUGCUGGUGAAUAUCCAGGGAGCGCAUUUUGUGAAUUACAGAGCAGCAGCGGCUCUGGGUGUUUGGGACCUGUGUAAUGGCACUGGAAAAGGUCUGAGGAACAUUGGAUUUUCUGGAGAUAAGGGCUCUGCUGAGAUUAGGGUAGAUAGUUCAGGUAAAUCUGAAGAGGCCAGCGGGCUGGACCAGUUGAUUUUAGGUGUGGCUAUUGGCGGUCUGGGGUACUCAGAGAAGUCGUCGGUAAGGGCUGAGUGCAUCAAGGCGGUGGUAGAUCACAUUCCUGACAAUAAGUUAAGGCUAAUUUCACUGGGUACCGGAAGUCCAAUAGAACUAUUACAGGCGGUAUACCUUGGGAUGGAUAUUAUUGAAUGCCCUUAUGUUUACAGAUGCAGUCUAAGUGGAGUUGCAUUAUCAUUUGACCUCGACGAGUUUUUGAGACAAAGAGAGAUCAUUAAUUACAGUAACGAAGAGAAAAAAAAUGCUGAGAGAUUUUUAUUAGAGUUUGAUUUUUCAAAUAGCGAGUGCGGAAUGGAUAUAGAUAAGGAUGGGAAAGCAACAGGAAGGACAAUGUUGAAGUCUUUUGGUGGAGCCAAAUAUAUGGACUUGAAUGAUAGAAGGUAUUCUUGUGACUCAGAAAAACUAACAAAGAAUAGUCCAGUUCCUCAUUCAAGAGCAUACGUCCAUCACUUGAUCAACUCUGGGGAGAUUUUAGGAUUUUCAUUGUUAUUCAUGCACAAUUAUUGGCAAUAUCAAGGUUUAUUAUUGUCAGUAAGGAAGGCUAUCUUUGAUGGAAGACUCGAGGACUUUGUGACUUGGUUUAUUUAUACACAAACAGAUCUUCAGAUUCAUCCAAUUAAGUUACCAGAACCUGCAUUGGAAACUUAUACAUUUGAUGGAAUGAAGGGAAGAUUACAGAAAGAUUUGAUACGUAAAUAG